GGAGCGCAUUGAAUCUCUCACAACUUCCGCUUUACCCGUCUCUUUUUCCGGUUAGCUAACGCAGUUCUCUAAUACAGUGCAGUUAGCCUUGAAAUAUCUAGAUACAUUUAUCUAGCGUUUAUACGGUUAAAAUAAGAAAUAAAAUAAACAUGGCAGAGGCUAUUCAGCAGAAAUUAAAAGCGGAAUUAGAAAAGUUUUCGCAGGUGCAGAAAGAUGUGAGUAAAAGCAUGUCCGUCAGGCAGAAACUGGAGACGCAGCUGACAGAAAACAACAUUGUAAAAGAGGAACUCGGUCUGCUGGACAGUUCCAACACCGUUUACAAGCUUAUCGGUCCUGUUUUAGUGAAGCAAGACUUGGAUGAAGCCAAAGCCACGGUGACAAAAAGACUGGAGUACAUCACUGGAGAAAUUCAAAGAUACGAGGCGCUCCUCAAAGACAUGGAGAAGAGGGCUGACGACCAUCGGGAGGUUCUGACGAGUUUGCAGCAGGAGCUUCAAAAAGCUCAGGGCCGGACUGGUGGAAAACUCUGAUUGUUGUAGCCGUUUGAAGCCCAGUGCUGUAUAGAAACAUAAAACCAUGUCGGCUUACUCCACAGUCUCAUUUCCAUUGUUACUAAUAAAUGUUUUUUUUCAUGAA